GUUCACUUAGUUCGAGACUUCGAGCCUGAGAUCUCAAGUUAGCCGGCUGUGGAGCUUCCAGCCCUUCUGCACUCUCUUCCCUAACAAUGUGAUACAUGAAUAUUUAGAAGAAAAAUAAGUAAUAUAUUUGUUCGAGAAACAGUAAUAGACAAAAUGACACCUACAAAGACUGCAGAAGUCAGAAGGGUUGACAAAGGCCCGGCCUUUGGUGUGAGACACAUUCAAGUUAUUUUUAUGUUUUUCUUGUACUUCUUAAUGUAUGGAACACGUUAUAGCUUCUCAGUAGCUUUGGUAGCAAUGACUCAAAGAACCACACCAAAUCCCGAAAUACAGGUAUUCAACUGGACCAACACAGGAAUCCUUCUCUCUACCUUCUUCUGGGGCUACGUUAUCCCCCAAAUCCCAAUAGGAAUACUCGGUACAAAAUUCGGUACCAAAUAUUUUCUCCUAGCAGCAGUUUUUAUGAACUCUAUGGCUAGUCUGUGGAUACCAACCAUGGCUGAGAAAGUCGGUAUAGAAGGCGUAGCUGUAUGUAGAGUGAUUCAAGGAUUUGCACAAGGUUUGGUAAUACCCAGUGUACAUGGGCUACUUGGAAAAUGGGCACCUACUAAUGAAAGAUCCAGUUUGUAUGGAAUUACAGUUGUAGGAUCCAUAUUGGGCACUAUAGCCGGUUUAAGCAGUACUGGAUUCAUCUGCGCCUCCUGGGCAGGAUGGCCUCUAAGUUUUUACAUAUUACCCUCUUUGGGCAUGAUAUGGAUAGUGUUUUAUUAUUUUUAUGGAGCCGGAUGCCCUGCAGAUCAUUCAUCGAUCACUGCAGCUGAAAAGGCGUAUAUAGAAAAUUCGCUACAUUCACAAAAUAUGCGGAAUGUAGCUAUACCUUUUAGAGCAAUCUUCACUUCAGUGCCGUUUUUGGCAACUGUAUUUAUGUUUUUAUGCAGCGGAUGGGGCUUUGCCAUCUUCUUUACUGAAUUGCCGAUCUACAUGAAUAAAGUUAUGCAUUUUGAUAUCCGUUCAAAUGGUGUACUAUCAUCACUACCCCACGUGUGCAAUAUGUGCGUGGGUAUGAUCAUAGCAAUAGUGUCUGACAAAAUGAUAUCAAAGAAUUAUUUAUCAGUAGGUGCAACUAGAAAAAUUAUGUCUUCAGCAGGUUCCAUAGGAUGUGCCAUAUUGCUGUUCAUUUUAGCAUUCAUGCCGACAACUUACAGAGCAUUGUCUGUCGUUGUACUCAUGUUAGCAGCAUCUUUUCGUAGCUUAAACGGAGCUGGCUUCAAUAUCAAUCACUUGGAUCUGGCGCCCAAUUUCGGUUCGACUCUUAUGGGUUUCACGAAUACAGCUGGAGAACUUUUAUCCUUAGCUACUCCAAUAGCUAUCCAGUUUAUGGUACCAGAUGAGAGCAACCAGUAUUUGUGGAGAAGAGUAUUUUUCACUGCUGUUGGUUUGUACCUCUUCUCAACAUUAAUAUUCGUAAUUUUUGCAUCUGGAGAACGGCAAUGGUGGAACUAUAUAGAAAAGGUACCUGAAGACGAAGAACAACCUAUUACUGGCAGACAAAUUGAAGAAGAAAGAUUAAGCUAACCUACAAUCACUGAUUUUAUAUAUAUUUUUUUUAUAA